AGCCACUCAAAUACUGCGCCGGAGACGAGUUUGUGCAGGCACAUAAUGGCGAUUGAUUGCGGCGCUACAUCUCUACCGAUCAGGCGGAAACAGCUCAAGGAUGGCAUGGAACACCUGCGAGGCUUCGUCACCGUCGACCAAGACACGGCUUCAGGUUCAGCGUUGCCCGUGCUUUCUGCAGAUGGUGAGGACGCGUAUGGCGUUCCUGCUUCGUUGGAGCCGAUACGUAAGCCCAAGACGAAUUCUGCCGAAAACGUCGAGAAACGAUCGGAUCCCUUUCAGUUUGGAUCGCGUUACUUGGAAGACGGGGACGACAUUUUCGCAUACAACGCGUGGGACCAUGUGCAGGUGGACGACGCAUACAAGGCGUUUGCGGAACAAUGCUACCAGAAACAAAAAGAGGCGCCUGUGAAGGACUUUGACAGGAAGCGAUUCAACGAACAUCCCGAACGACAGUGGGACAAGUUCUAUUCGCACAAUGCAAACAACUUUUUCAAGAACAGGAAGUGGCUCGCGCAGGAGUUUCCCGUGUUGAAGGACGUCACACGGGAAGAUGCACCAGCCACGGUCCUCCUCGAGGUUGGAGCGGGCGCUGGAAACACGGCGUUCCCGAUCCUGAAGCUCAACAAGAACCCACGGCUCACCAUACAUGCGUGCGACUUCUCGAAGACGGCGAUCGAAGUCAUCAAGCGUCACGAAGAGUACAGCAACCCAGACAACGUGGGGAGGUUGGAAGCAAGCGUGUGGGAUGCCGCGGCUGAACCGGCAGCGAACGAGACGUGCAGCCUUCCCGACGGCGUGGAAGCUGGAACGGUCGACGUCCUGCUUAUGGUCUUCAUCUUCUCCGCGCUUGCGCCGGAACAGUGGGCGCGAGCGGUGUCCAACGCGUGGCAUGCGCUGAAACCUGGCGGCCUCGUGCUGUUCCGAGACUACGGCCGCGGCGACCUGGCACAGGUGCGUUUCAAGAAGGAGAGGUGGAUGGGAGAGAAUUUUUACGUUCGAGGCGACGGCACGAGGGUGUACUUCUUCGACGAGGACGAGCUGCGUCAGACGUGGGGGUCGGCAGGGUUCGAAGUGGCAAGCUUCGGAGUGGAUCGCAGGAUGCUCGUCAACCGCCAAAGAAGGCUGAAGAUGUAUCGCUGCUGGAUGCAGGCCGUAUUCAAGAAGCCGGUGUCGGAACAACGGCAGCAGAAUGGCGAUCACGAUCGAGUGGACGAGGAAGCAACAGUGACGUCUGCGUCGACCAUAUGAGUGUGGGAUGAGGUUACGGCAAAGAACGUUUGCAAGUGCCUCGACCUCGAGAUGCAGAGCGGUAUUGUUUGGGAGCAGAAAAGUCUCGCGGAGAAAGCGAUGCGCGGACCGGCAUGGGCCACCGGCUAGAAUUAAGAGCUUGCGGAUUUUUUAUCUCUGGGCCUUGAUCUGGCGAGACGAAAUAGAUGUUGACGAGGCAAUGAACACGUAAGAAGAGCCGCAGGUUUGCUUGUCUGAAGAAGGUGACGGCAGUUCGUGCACAUGUUUGGAACGGAUUGGGCAAGAACCAUGGCAUUGUAUAAUUCCCAUGUUUUACGUAAGGCUGGCACGGCCAAAUGAUCUUUUUCAAGUAGCGAUCUACCGCGCCGAGUCUGCGCCCACAUGGAUCAUCGAAGCGUUGAACGAACACGCGAACAGAAGAGUAGAAUACCAUUGGACGGUAGACGCAAGGCGAGCAACCGUCUCUAGAACAGACCGACCGAGAUUG